GAGGGAGGCGUCCCACUGGAAACGUCUUCUGUGUGAAGUGGUGAGGGACUCAGAUCAUCCAGCACUCAGCCGACUUCUCUCCUGGUGCCCCUGCUCCGCUAAGACAAGACUUUGAAGAUGAGGAUGUGGAUCGUCUUCUUCCUGUGCCUGGCUGGCCACGCCAUGGCUGCUCCUACUGAGGAGGUGCCAGUGACCGAGGAGCCAGUUUAUGAGGAUAUUGAUGAUGCUGUGCCAGUGAUUGAUGAGCCAGUUGUCGAGGAGCCCGAGGUGGGAGUCAACCCAGUGCAGGUCGAUGUGGGAGAGUUCGACGAGGCCAUCGAGAUCAUUGAGGAAGAAGUUUUCGACAAUCCCUGCCUGACCCACCACUGCAAGAAGGGAAAGGUGUGUGAGGUGGACGAGGACAACACCCCCCUGUGUGUGUGCCAGGACCCCACCGCCUGCACCGCUGCCGAGGGAGAGUUCGAGCACGUUUGCGGCACCGACAACAAGACCUACGACACCUCCUGCCACUUCUUCGCCACCAAGUGCGCCCUGGAGGGAACCAAGAAGGGCCACAAGCUGCACCUGGACUACAUCGGACCCUGCAAACACAUCGACACCUGCCUGGACAGCGAGCUGAACGAGUUCCCCCUGCGCAUGAGGGACUGGCUGAAGAACGUUCUGGUGACUCUGUAUGAGCGCGAUGAGGACAACAACCUGCUGACCGAGAAGCAGAAGCUCAGGGUGAAGAAGAUCUACGAGAACGAGAAGCGGCUGCAGGCCGGCGAACACUCUCUGGACCUGCUCGCCCACGACUUCGAGAAGAACUACAACAUGUACAUCUUCCCCGUGCACUGGCAGUUCGGACAGCUGGACCAGCACCCCGUCGACGGAUACCUGACCCACACAGAGCUGUCCCCCCUGCGUGCCCCCCUCAUUCCCAUGGAGCACUGCACCACCCGCUUCUUCGAGGAGUGCGACGCCGACAGUGACAAAUACAUCGCCCUGGAGGAGUGGGCCGCCUGCUUCGGAGUCAAGGAGCAGGACGUGGACAAAGACCUGGUCAUCUAAGCUCCUCCGAGCAGCAGCAGCAGUCUGACAACACCUAGUCGCUACUAACGGGACAAGGUGCUGAUCCCUAAGUUAAAAAUCACAGUAACGGUGCUAAUUGCAAAUUAUUUUUUAUUUUUGUUUUGUUUGAAUAAUGACUUUUCCUACCUAUACCACUAAAAAGAUUACAAAAGAGAAACGUGCACAGUCUGUACUAACUUUGAAUUCUCCUGUUGGUUGAACAAAACUCCCAGUAAAGUAAACUAAAGACCUCUGGUGUAAAUGUAUGUUGUGGACAAUAUUAUUUUAGACGCUAUGAUUUGUUCAGGGCUUUAAACGGAGAACAAUUUGAAACGUUUUUAUUGAGGAGACAAAAACUGUAAAGUCCAAAAUAAAGUUUCUAAAUAAA